CACGCAAGCGCUUUUGCGUCGUCGCACGCACGCAGUAAACUGAAGUAGUUAGCGGCAGCAUGGCGUUCACCUUCUACGCGCUGAUUCAAACAGCGAUAUUAUUCACGAAUGCCGUCGCGGUGCUCCACGAAGAGAGGUUUCUCAGUAAAAUCGGCUGGGGAGCAGAGCAGGGUAUUGGAGGAUUUGGAGAUGAACCCGGCAUUAAAGCACAACUUCUGAACCUUAUUCGCUCUGUCAGGACUGUCAUGAGAGUACCUCUGAUAGCAGUAAAUUCAGUGUGUAUCGUCUUAUUAUUACUGUUUGGAUGAAGAAAGAAUCGAUGGAUUGCGGUGGAUCAGGAUCUGUUGUGGAACACAGGGAAUGUGGCAAAGGAAAAUGGACUGUUUUUGUAUCUGUGGUUCUAAAUGUUGCUCUCCAAUGUCUGACAAUUGUACCCGGAAUGAUUUACUGUAAGUACUCUGGUAGUUUUAUACGAAACAAAUACUAGUAAACAUUUUUCUUUUCAAGUUUUGUAGCUUUACGGAAGCUCCUGCGUCUGUACAUGCUGUUUUUGUCACAUUCAAGGUCCAGUAAAGUGUCGAUUAGAACAAGCGACAAUGAAAUCAGUCAGACUGGUCUGACAAAGCCAAACGGUUUGUUUCUGGCACCUGAAAUUGUAUUUUUUUUUCUUUCUUUUUUUUUUUAUUUUCAUAAAUGUUAAGUUCCCCAAAACUAAUCUUCCAUUUCAAAGACAGCUUGGAAAGUAAAGGUUGGGUUUAAUAUAUUUAAAGGCAUAUUGAUAAAGUUUGAAUUUUAAUAAAGAUGCUUACUGUACUGAAUUGUAGUGUUAUUAUAUAAAAUACAACACGUUUGGUCUGAAAAGUUUGACCAAAGUAGCCUCUAGCUUUAUGAGCCAGUCGUUCCACAUUUCAGAUGUUAAAGGGGUCCUAUUAUGCUCUUUUACAAAGUUUUG